AUGGCUGACAUCGCUGCCACCAUGAACUUGCAAUGGUUUAGCACCUCCCAUUACCAAAAUGUGCAGCGGACCUGUCUUCUUCCAGCCAUCAGUGAGUACUACCUCAACAAGCAGGGCUAUGUUCUUGAUCUCUUCAGAAACAGGGAUGAUGCAGAGCCAGAUGAAAUGGUGGAAGUCACUCGGUUAGGAGAUGCUUCUGCAGGAGAAGUGGAGAUCACUGACAUCGGGAAUAUCCAUGAUUUUCCGAAGAACACCCUUUUCCGGCAGUGUGGCCAUGAGCCGUUGUCUGAAAAAGGCCAUUUCAGACAUCAAAUGGCUGAAGGAACACCACCACAUCAGGCCCUGACUGAGGUUGUGGAGGACAAAAACCUACUCAAGGACCUGGCACAGAUGACUAGAUUCAAACACACAGGAGAAUUGGAAGUCUUCCACAGUAUGCUGCUCAAGUAUGCACCAAAGUGGCAGCAUUUUCCCUACCUCAGCAUGAAGGCCCGAUUGCAGUUGGCCGUAUUGGGCCACAACAACGUGUUCCGGGAACAAUCACGCACAAAGACAGGGGAUCCAAGAUGGUCAGCUGUAUUCAGCAAACGGCAAAACUCCUGGAUUGCAAGGAAGAAGUUCAGCCAAAAGGAGUAUGGCUUCAGGGCGGACCUGUUGAGGAUUGUGAUCAGUAGGGCGGCAAGUGGCCAGUUCACCUAUGGACAGAAGGUCCUCCCUGAUCCGGAUGUUGGGGGCCCAAACAUUGCACCAGUUGAGCUUGGGAGCAAGGAGGAACUGGUUUUGAAAUUUUUGAGCAGAUUUGGAGAUGCGUGGAUUGGAAUCCAUGAUAUUCAAAUAUACGAGGUCUGUCCAUCGAAUCUAUUGAAUUAA